GGUUCGGGCCAGUUCGCUCCAGCCUAAACAAGCGCGAUCAGCUUUUCCUGCCACACACAAGACCAAGCCGCGUCUCCGAGUCACGGUGUGCCAUCAACAACCAGCCUUUCUACCGCUACAUCCAGCCUUUUCUUUCCCCUUUUUGUACCACUCUGACCCUACAAUCCAGAAAGAUGCGUCACCUGUGCCUGUUUACCCUUGUGAUCCUGUUGGCCGUGUGCCACCAGUCCCUGGCUGGCAAACAAAAGCGCGAGAAGUGCCAGUAUGACGUCACCAGGGGACAGUGUGACGACGCCACCAAGAAGAUGACGAUCACCAAGACACCGAAGGAAGGUCAGCCGGAGUCAUGCGAGGUCAAGACUAUCGAGAAGCGCUGCAAGGGCCGCAGAGUGAAGUGCCAGUUCCAGAAGCCGACCAUCACCCCCUGUACCGACGGGAAGCGGACCGUGACCCGCCAGCCUGUGGAAGGCAGCGACCCCGCCUGCCAGCCCAAAACCAGGACCAGGAACUGCAGGGCACAGAAGACCAAGUGCACGUUCGGACCGUGGGGAGACUUCGGUGAGUGCGUGGAGGGCGUGAAGACCAGGAGCCGCCCGGUGCUGUCUGGGGACCAGGCUAAGUGCGCUGCCAAGGCAACCAAGACCAAGAGCUGCCAGAACUAGACUUCCGGACUGAUCUGCUGCUAAAUUCUCCACACUUUUCUUCAGCAUUGCAAUCCUCUGCCUAGCUUAAAAAGAAGCUACCUGAUUGGCUUGUUUUCGUUAAUAAAAUUAACGAUUCCUAUUCAUUGAACUCUUACUAUGGACUUUAUGUUCAAACAGUAUUACAUAAACUUGGUCAUAACCAUCCACCUGAUUGGUCAGUUUCAUUGCGUACAGUCAGAUUUCAAGGAAACUGGCCAAUAGGGGAACCUCUUGUCUAUAACAGCCAACAACCUCACGUUUUUGGAUUCACAUGAAGCAAAAGUGUGGAGAAUUGCAGUGUAUGGAAACAGACAGAAUUGCGUGACAAGAAAUUUGGAGUAUUUUAGAAAAAGAAGCUUCAGGCGGAUUUCAGACACGAAGGUAGAAAGAUUAAGUCAAUGUCACGUUAAAUAUAGAUUUUUUCGAUUGAAACGUCACGAGAAUAUGCCACCUUUUAUUUACAGUAUACAACACACAUAAUACUAAAUAUAUCUUUUAUUAUUUCCUUGUCGUAGAUACAUAGAAACUGUUUUUGAGUAUUGUAUACACACAACUUAGUACAUUUUUAUUUUGCUGAUGUAGAUACGGGUAAAUUGUAAGUGGGUGUGAAGAUGAGAGUGAAAAAAUAAAAGUUUUGAAAAUUUCAUUGUGUACAAAAAUGAUCGUUUUGGGGGAAGAGACUUAAUCCGUUAAAACUGUUUUUUUUUUUUUGAAAAUGAAAACUACAUUGUGUCAAAUUUAUAUAGUGUUUGAAUAUUGACGGGGAAUCAUAUACCAAGGUGAAAUUGUCCGAUGGGCAUGCCGAAAUUGACAAAGUCUUGAGUAUUGAAAUGGAUUUUGGGGAGGGGGAAAUGUUGUAACAAUAUCUACUUAAAAGUUUUGUAGAAAAAAGCCAUAUAUAUACACUAACACUAUACUUAAUCCAGUACUAUAUAUCCAGUACAGUAUUGUCUUUCUACAAGAAAAAUAUGAAAUAUAAUUCGUCACAACCAAGUCUUCAAAAGUAUAAAUGAUUUAAAUUCUAGUAACUUGGUAAUCCCGUUAGUUGUUUUGGCCAUAUUCUGUGGAAUUUUUUUUUUCUUCAAGAUAUUUCAUAGUUUGUAGAAAGACAUUAUAACGGUUGUAUAGGUGCCAAUGAUUUUACUCGGACAGAAACACUCCAAAAAAAUAAUAUUUGACAUAAAAUCUAGUUAUUGUUGCAUGUUGCAUUAUGUAUCCAUGACAAAAAGUCGACAGCAAAACAUUCCAGUACGAAAAGCAUUCUAGUAUUAAGAUACGACAACGAUGUAAAAUCAUUGACAUCUCGAUACCAUUUUACAUAAUAAUGUUUAAGUAAGUCAAAACUGGGCUGCAAUGAAGGAAAAUGAAAUGUUAUGUAUGUUCUGUACUAACCUGUCACCACAAGGUGCGUUGUACACAGCCUUCGUCGUUGUAUUCACACUUGUCCGUGUCAGCAAAAAACAACUCUACUUACAAAAUACGACCUCUGUGACAGUAUAUAAUAACAUGCUUUUGUGUAUUGACCACACUCACAGUAUUAUAGAUUAUGUUCGUACUUUACACUGCUCUCUGCAAAAUAAUAAAUAAAAAGCCGUCAUCUUGUGCAAAA